AUGCUGAUGGCCAUCCGGCUGCGGGGCAUGGACGCGGGGGAGACGCUGGCCCUGAGCCGGGCCAUGACCACCUCGGGCCGGGCGCUGGCCUGGCCGCCCGCCUGGCACGGGCUGGUGGUGGACAAGCACUCGACGGGGGGCGUGGGGGACAAGGUCAGCCUGGCCCUGGCCCCCGCGCUGGCCGCCUGCGGCUGCAAGGUGCCCAUGAUCAGCGGGCGCGGGCUGGGCCACACCGGGGGCACCCUGGACAAGCUGGAGGCCAUUCCCGGCUUCCGAGUCUCCCUGAGCCCCGAGGAG